CUGUAGCUGGACCACCAGAAAAUGGAUGCUUCCUGCUAGUUAACGGCACUUGAAUGGGUAUCUGUAGCUCCAAGUAGGUUUUGCGCAGCACUUUCAGCUUCCCGUAGCGGAAAUUCCAUUUAAGGGAUACAAACCUACAUGUCGAUUUCCUCUGAGUACGAGUUGAAUCUGCUAGAAAGCUAUAUGACCAAACAGGCGCUGUUGAAGUGGAGCUGGGCUGGCCAGCUAGCUGGCUAAUGCUAGUUAGCAGUCACCGCCGUGUUGCCAGCGUUAGCUAACGUUAUCUAAAAGAGGCUAGCACGAUAAUAAUAGCCGCCUGAUCAUAAAAAUAAAUGUACUGACUGUUGUUCAGCGGAAGGACAGAUUUAUAGAUCGGACCAAAGGCUGCACCUUAAGGUAUGGCCUGGAUGUGAUUUGGACGGUGCUGGUGAUGGCAGAGGGGACUUGGACUGGCGAAAUGCCCUCCUUUGACCCUAGUCCUAGUUCUGAAGCAAAAAAGAGACCUACUUCUUCUGAUGGCAGAGACGAACCCAUGAGGAAAAUGCCUGUGUCAAAAUUUGGUUCCAAACCUCGAUUUGAGCCUGUACACUUUGUCAGUGGUGGAAGCAGUGGAGGAAGUGGUGCUGAUGAGAAGGAGAACGAUAAGGAGCGCAGGAGAAGUGAGUCUUACAGUACGAGACAGAGGGACUCCGAACACUCUUCUUACAGCAGCACCAGCAGAGUACAGGGCUCCUCCUCCCUGAGGCCUGCUUUUGACAGAGUGCCAUCGUACAGUUCUGACUCUUGGGGUUCCCAUAGAGAUAGAGACCGAGACAGAGAGAUUUUCUCAGGCAGUACAAGUGGUUUGGGUUAUGGAGGACGUGGGUCCACUCUAAACUUCAUGGCAAAAACACAGCAGGACUACGUAACCAAGUAUGAAGCCCACAUCUCUCGAAAUUCAGAUUCCUAUUCUCAGCCUCACAGAUACAAUGGAUAUGGGGGAGGGAGCAGAUCAGGAGUCUGGGAUUCGGGACGUCAGGGUUUGGGGUACAGUCAUCAGGACCGGCCAUCAUCAAGCAGACCAUUCUGCAGAGUCUAUAACAGCCCGGGCAGGAGCAGUCCCACCACUUCUCAGUCAGGCUCAUCGCAGCCUCUUCCUGUAUCUCAGUCAACAUUAGAUGAGAAGCAAAGGCUGAUUGCCAAUGUAGCGUCUGCGUUGGCUGUAGCUUUCAGGGACCCUAUGUUCAUGACUGGAAGUGAGUCGCCAAACUAUAAUUUCAUGUUGAGCCGCAGCAUUCAAGCCUGCAAGACUAAUCCUGAGUAUAUUUAUGUCAACCUGAAGGAUAUUCCCCAGGCUGACCUUCCGAAGAACAGGAAAGUACCAACAGAUGGUUAUGCCUGUGAACUGAGAUGUCAGGGUGUGUAUCUUGCGACUGGAUACUCUGGUAGUAAAAAUGGAGCGAGAGACCGGGCCUCUGAGCAGGCUGUAAAACUCUUCCUGAAACCAGUUGAGGUUCGUGUGGUGCAACGCAAAUAUAGACACUCAAUAGUGAAUGACAUAGUUGUGUGCCAGUUGCAUAGCCCAACCCCAGCCUUUUUACCUGCACUGCGCAACCCAGAGGAUAAACCAACACCCAGCUCUAAGGGCCAAUAUGAGCCUGACAGACGGAAGCACUGGACAGAGUUUGUGGUUAUGGACAAUGCUCAUGACGCCAUUUGCAUACUUAACAAUUCUGCGGCUUUUAAUCGCAUGAAGAUAGACUAUAAGUUCGACCUGCUGCCCAACAGCAGUGCUUGGCUGUGCAGUGUUUUCCUGCAAGAUGAGCUGGUGGCACAGGCAACAGGUACGAAAAAGAGCUCAAAGCAUGCAGCGGCUGAAGAGGCGGUGAGGAAACUUCGCAUGAACCAAGCUCAGCGACAGCAGCAGCAACAGCAGCAGCAGCAGCAGCAGCAACAACAGCAACAACUGCAACAAUCACAAUACUCCAGAGGGAACAAUCAGUCAGAUGGUGGUGGACGCUUUGGGCAACAGGUUGGCAAAAAGAAACAUCUGAGUGAGCUUGUUAUCCUGGAAAACUCUGACAAUGCAAUCUGUAUCAUUAAUGACACAGCUCAGUUUAAUAAAGUGACUGCUGAUUACAAGUUCAUGGUUCUGCCUGAUCAUCGUUGGAGGUGUGAAGUUUACUUGGAAGGACAGUAUGUGGCAGCAGGAAUAGGGCCAAAGAAACUGGUGAAGCACAUUGCAGCAGAUGAGGCCUUAGCCACCUUGAGACAGACGCAGGCUGUGGUCAAGUCCAACCUAAGAAAGGAAGGUCACAGCGAUGCCAUAUCCCGAUCCCAGAUCCUGGCUCGCUCCGGUGAGGAGGCCACAAGGCAGGAGAUUAAGGAAGACAACAUUGGAAACCAGCUGCUCCGCAAGAUGGGCUGGAAAGGAGGUGGUCUGGGUCGAGAUGGGGAAGGAAUCGCAGAACCUAUCAGAGUGAAGGAGCAGUUCUCCAGAGAAGGGUUGGGUAUGGACAUGGACAAAACCGGAAACCAGCUCAGCAAGCGUGAUAUUGAGGAUAUCAUUCGUAACUAUGCCAGUUCAGACCGCCAGGAUGAUCUUCGCUUCUCCACUGACCUCACCAAUGACGAACGCAAGCAGAUCCACCAGAUAUCUCAGAAAUACGGCCUGCGAAGCAAGUCAUACGGACAGGGACGGCAACGGUUCCUUGUUGUCAGUCGCAAAGUACACAAAGACCAGCUCAUUGGUCAGCUUUUACAGGAAGGACAGGUGGGACGAUAUGAGCUCGUGAAACCUCAGGCCUCUCACUAAUUUGCAUGUACAGCAAAAAGGGGGGGGAAAAAAAAGACAAAAUUGUCAUCAGCUUGGACUUCAGAACAAUUCACACUCAAGUGUAACUGCUGUGCUGCUUUAUACUUGUGGGUGACAAAUUUACAACACACAUUAAUAAAUGAGAAUCCCUCAGAUAUCACCUGUGGUUUCUGCAUUCCUUUGCCAUGAUAUGUACUUUAGCUUUAGCAGGGACUGUAGGAUAAGUAAUUUAAUUUUUAUUUUUGUCUCCUGCCAUUCCAUGUCCUAUAUUUGUUUCACUUUGCACAAGCUUGUGUUCAGUGCUGUCAUGUCCUGAAGAUGCUCCAGUUCUUUUCACAACUUAAAAAACGGCUUUGAGUUGUUGGUUUUUUUUUUUUUCUUGUUCAACAAAAUUCACAUUUUGUUUUGUGGCUAUUUAAGGAACCUGGCAGAAUAUGCAGCUUUUCACUGUUUGUUUGUGAACAAUGUAGACAGUUGACUGACAAAGUUUAAAGAGGCAUUAACAUCAAAACUGUAGCUAGGUGUACCUGUCUCACUGUAGUGAUACAUCUCUAUUCAGCAAUACCUGUAACAUUGUUUGCUGUUUUAACACCUGGAGAUCAUUCCACAAGUACAAGCUGCAUCCAUGAUCAGAAAAUCAAAGCUGUGGUCUUUGUUAAAUGUCAGAUGUGUUGGUUUGUGAGUACAGUUAACUUGUCUGCUUGUUUUCACAGCUGUAAUAACUGAAUAAAUUAAAAAUGAUAACCAUCAACAGGCUGAACUUGAUGAAAAUGGAUAUUUUUGUACAAAGAAAGUCAACUGAUGUAUAUUUAUUUUAUUUACAAGAAAAUGUACAGUUUGUUACAUGGGUUACCAGUGCAAAGUUUAAUAAUCCAAAAACAGACACCAUCCUGUUUAAACCACAUAAUCAGCCUAUUAUGAUAGCUGAUUUGUAAGAUUGUAAAAUAGCAUAGAAAUGUUCUCAAACAGCCUUUGAAUGUCAGCAUUAUGAAAUUAUAAAUGAAACAAAGUGAAGUGCCCAAAAAGAGUACUUGUUUCUGUGUUGAAGAGGGACAUAUAUAUUCACCAAUAGCUAGAACAUUUUCAAAAUCAAAAGGCAUGGCUUUAGGAGCACAUUUGAGAGAAAAAUGA